AUGGGGGUUUCCGCUCCAAGUGAGCGAGUUAUGCUUAAGUCCUUGCCCCCAGCAGCACGUCGCAAAGUGAGUGUACCCGCCAAGUUUGGCUUCCCUUCUCAGGGUGGUUGCUGCCAUGGCUUGGAUCACCAGUCAAACCUCGCCAAGUUGCGUUACAGGGAAUUCCAGUUUCUUUGGGACUGGUCCUACUUGCCAGCCAGCGAUAAGUCCAUCCAUAAGAAGGAACCUUUGAAAAGAGUAUUCUACCCGGGUACCUCACGGAACCUCCAUCACGCGUCGAUGCCCCAAGUGGCCUUUCUCGCGGCUUGUCCAGACUGGCAAUGUUUUAACUCACUUCCCCCUAAGAUCCAACAAAGCUGCUUCUCGGAUGAAGAGCGGAAUCGGCUUCGCCAGAUCUGUUACGCGGACGAGGUCUUUGACGCCGCCGACGAAGCACUUUUCCGAUUGGGAAAGAGGCGGCGAAUGUCGGAGUCGGUUGAAACAUCCUCGCUUUCACAAUCAUCUACCCUUUGUUUCGGUACGUCCGAUGUUGAUAUUUAUGACGAUAUGGACGACAUGGACCGCACUCGCUCAGGUUGUACUGGGAGGCUUGAUGAGGAUGAACAACUUGAUUUGGCGAUAGACGAAUACCACGCUCACGUUCUGGAAUCGCCAUCGAGAAUUUCUACUAGAAGAAGCUUGUCGUUCAGCCGAAUUCUACCAGUUUAUCCAUCCAAAUCAGGAUUCAGGCCAUUGUCGACCGUGCACAGCUCUCCCAAUCCCAGCCAGUCCUCUGCAGCGUCCGAGGCCGAUAUGACGACUCCAACCCUUGAUUCCGGGUCCUAUUUCUCCCAAAGUCAAUUCCAUCAUACCUCUCGUUCUUCUACCUCGAGCAUUGACCCGUCUGCGCAAUAUUACCAGGACCCAGAGGCUCGUCUCAAGUUGCGGGUCUACCUGGCAUCCCCGCAAAAGUUCGACGAAGCUGUUGAGUUUGGGUUUCCAACAUUGAAAAGAGAGGGGAGAGGGUUCACGCCACCAAAAAUACAAAAUCCAGACGAUGGGACAUUCUUCGAAGAGGGCACGGCAUUCUCGAGUGUGGAGUCCAGGAAAGGACAAAACAGUCCUCGAGCAUCUGGGAGUACACGGUAUUCUCAAAGCCUACGAAAGUUUUCGUCCUUGAAUAAUAACCGACGACAAUGGCUGCCAAGCUCAGAUACCAAUGAUCGGAGAAGCCCUGGUAAUCGUGAGAUGACAUUAAAAAUGACACUGACGCGACCUGAUCUGCGUACGGAUUCACCUACUCCGGAAUCAACUGAAAUAUCGCCCUACAGUUUUGAACCUCCGAUAUGGGAAUCUGUCCUAACGCAACCUGCCGCUACGAAAAAAUCAAACAAACCCAAGAUCACCGCGACCGAGCUUGACCAUCAGCCUGCGUCCUUGUUCUAUUUCGAAGAUACCGAGACGGCUCUAUUGAACACGCUAGAUGGCAAUUUGCUCCAGACUGUCGAUGGUGGCGAGAAAUGGGAAAUAGUAAAGGGGGACAAUGGCGAAAUGGAACACAACGUUGUUCUCAUUCGACAACACCCAUUCGAUAAGAAUAAGGCCUACGCGAUAAGUGCAAGUAAACGCCAUUGGAUCACAACCGAUCAGGCCGAAAGUUGGACCUCAUUUGAAGCCGAAGGGAUCGCCGCCGUGAACCAUUAUCCUCUUGUAUUCCAUGGCCGAGACUCAAACAAAGUCAUAUUCCAAACUGAAGAGUGCGCUGGACGAUACUGCAUAGUGAAGUCCUAUUAUACCACGGAUGAUUUCGCCUCAGUUAAGCCUCUGCGGGAAAGUAUCGGCGGGUGUGCCUGGGCGAUAGGGCAUCCCCAGUUCGCCGAAAACUUGGAUAUAGCACAGGAAAUCUGGAAUCGAUUGCUUUGUGUCGUGCCAGGGUUGAAAGUGCCCUUCUCACACGCCAACAGACUUAUAUAUUCGGACGAUUACUUCAGCAGCGAUAUCGAAGGCACGGAGGUUAAACUGCAGGAAGGACGACCUGUCUCGGGCGUCAUCAGCACCGCAGCCGUGAAAAAAUUCAUUGUCGCGGCCGUCAAAUCCAAGGGAACCGAGGAACUCGCCUUGUACACAACUAUUGAUAGUAAAAUUUGGCAUCGUGCAGAGUUCGACGGUCAUCGCAUCGAAGAAGAUGCCUACACGAUGUUAGAAAGUACUAAUUAUAGCCUUCAGGUGGAUGUUCUGACCAACCCCAUGCAGGGUAUGGGCGUACUGUUUACCUCCAAUUCGGAAGGUACCUAUUUUACCCGCAAUAUCGAGCAUACGAACCGUGACUCGGGGGGUACGGUUGACUUUGAGAAAAUCGCCAACAUCCAAGGUAUUGUGCUGGUGAACGUCGUGAAGAACCCGGAAGAGGUCGAAUCUGUCUCCGACAAGAAACUUGCUAGUAAAAUCAGUUUCGAUGACGGAAGGACGUUUGGACCUCUGAAAGUUGGAGACAAGGAUUUGCAUCUCCAUUCUGUGACCGCUUAUGCGAACAUUGGCCGUGUUUUCUCCAGCCCAGCCCCUGGCCUGGUUAUGGGCAUCGGCAAUACUGGCUCUCACCUCGGCGAGUAUACCAAAGGUGACCUUUACGUUUCGGAUGAUGCUGGUGUGACGUGGCGCUUUGCACUAGAAGGCCCACAUAAGUACGAAUUCGGAGAUCAGGGUGCUGUUGUAAUGGCCGUUGGUGAAGAUAAAUCAGCCAAGAAGAUCCGAUUCUCGAUCGACCAUGGGAAGGAGUGGGAGUCGGUCGAACUCGAACAUGAAAUCUACCCUGAAAUGGUCACGACAACCCCGGAUUCGACGAGCCUCAAGUUCAUUCUUGUCGGCACCUCAAAUGAGAAGGAGCAAAAGAAGGGGAAGCAUGUCAUCUAUUCAAUUGAUUUCAGCGGAUUGCAUGAAAGAAAAUGCGAAGAAGAUGAUCUUGAAGAGUGGACGGCUAGAUUGGAUGAGAACGGGGAGCCCGAUUGUCUCAUGGGUCAGAAGCAGUUUUUCAGGCGCCGAAAGGCCAAUGCAGACUGCUUUGUGGAUGAAAAGUUCAAAGACCCCAAGCCUAUAUUCAAGCCAUGCAAGUGCACCGCCAGUGACUUCGAAUGUGAGAUUAAGCCGAGCAAGGAUGGCCAGGGCUGUUUCCUUCCCAAGUCAUCAAAGGUUCCAGAAGGCAAAUGUCAAGAGCCAGGCGAUACGUAUCUAGGGCCAUCAGGCUGGAGACUUAUCCCUGGCAAUUCUUGUGUUCGAGAUGGCGGCGAGACCUUGGACAAGGAUAUUGAACGGCCUUGUAAUGAAACGCACAGCGCUCCGACCGGCGGCAUCUUGGCAACCAAGAAGGAGUUUGAUACAGGAAAGUUUGCAUAUUAUUAUAUGGAACGUCAGUCAAGCAGUUCUGGAGACGAUGAAACCGUCCUCGUACUUACCAGUGAUAACGAACUUUACGUCUCACAUGACCAUGGCAAGAACUGGAAGCGAGCCCUGGAGGGAAAGAAGAUCACGAGAGUCAUUCUUCAUCCUUACAAUAGCGAUGCGGCCUUCUUUCUCAGCGAGGGUGCGGAUGGCUUUUGGACUGUAGAUCGCGGGCACUCCUUCAAGCCUUUCAAAGCGGCGGCUCCGCCGACUCAAGAGCGCUUCAUCUCCCCACUUUCAUUUCAUCCUCGAUACAAAGAUUGGUUGAUUUGGACUGGUGCAAGGGAUUGCGGCUCUGGUGAUUGCCAUUCCGAUGCUUGGUUCAGCGAAAAUCGGGGCGGUGAAUGGAAACUUCUUCUCCGUUAUGUUCAGAAGUGCGAAUUUGAAUACAGAGAAGGCCGUCCGGAAAGCGAGAGUCUCAUCUUUUGUGAACAGUACGAAAAUGAGAACAAGAAGAACCGACUUCAGCUCUUGUCUACCACCAACCAAUUUUCUGAGGAAAACAUCCAUAUCGAGGAUGUCAUCAAUUACGCCAGCAUGUCUGAAUUUAUCGUGGUAGCAUCGCGGAACUCGGAGAACGCAGAGUCUCUAGUGGCAAGCGUUAGUGUUGACGGGAAAACCUUUGCGGAAGCACAAUUCCCUCCUAAUGUCAAAGUGCCGGUUCAGACUGCCUAUACUGUUCUCGAGAGCUCUACGCACGCCGUCUUUCUGCACGUCACGGCCAGCAAUAUGGAAGGGGCAGAGUACGGGCCCAUCAUCAAGAGCAAUAGCAAUGGCACAUUCUAUGUACUGAGCUUAAGUGCCGUGAAUCGGAACCACGAAGGUUUCGUGGACUUCGAAAAGAUGCAAGGCUUGGAAGGGGUCGCAGUCGUAAACGUGGUUAGCAACGUCGAUGCGGUAUCCAAGAAUGCCGAAAAGAAGAAGCUCAAGACGAUGAUAACCCAUAAUGAUGGAGCACAAUGGAUGCUGCUUCCUCCUCCGUCCAAAGAUGCAGACGGCAAGAACUUUGGCUGUACUGUUUCAACUGGGAAAGGCACCAAUGACUGUUCACUCCACCUUCAUGGUUAUACUGAGCGAAGGGAUGAACGUGACACAUUUUCUUCCGGUUCUGCAAUAGGCCUUAUGAUGGGAGUAGGUAAUGUGGGUGAUCAUUUGACUGGCGGUGACGAAGUCGAUACUUUCAUGACAAAUGAUGGGGGGAUUUCCUGGAGGUCCGUGAAGAAAGGCAGAUAUAUGUGGGAAUAUGGUGACUCUGGCUCGGUGAUUGCAAUUGUCCCGGAGUCCAGACCAACCAAGUCUCUUUUCUACAGCGUCGAUGAAGGUGAUAACUGGCAGGAAUUCGUUUUUGCGGACGUGGACGUGCAGAUUGACGAUAUAUCAACUGUACCUUCGGACACGUCAAAAAAUUUCCUUCUUUGGGGCAGAACCUUGCAAGACAAGUCACAUAGCAAGCUGCUCACGAUGAACAUCGAUUUCAGUGCCUUGCGCUCCAGAGCAUGCAAAUUGGACGAGAAUCAGGAUGAGAGCGAAGAUUACUCUAUCUGGGAACCCAAGCACCCUUUCCAGGAGAAAAAUUGCAUAUUCGGCCACGUUGAGCAAUACCAUCGCAAGAAGCCGUCGGCUCAAUGCUGGAAUAACUGGCGCGAACCUCACGUUCACCGGAUCGGCAUGAAUUGUACGUGCACUAGAGAAUCUGAUUACGAAUGUGACUAUAAUUAUGAACCCCAGACCGAUGGCACUUGUGCCCUUGUCCCUGGGCUUCCAAAACCGGACGCGAUGGCUGUCUGUAAGAAUGACCCUGAUAUGAUUGAAUUCUGGGAGCCUACUGGUUAUCGGCGUAUUCCCCAAACGACAUGUGAGGGUGGCAGGAAUCUAGACCAUGUCGUUUCGAAACCCUGUCCCAACAAGGAGGAAGAGUAUGAGAAGAAGCAUGGUAUCAGCGGGGUUGGACUAUUCUUUGCGAUAGUUACCCCCAUCGCAGUCGCGGGUGCAGUCGGAUAUUACGCGUAUACCAGGUGGGAUGGCAAGUUCGGUCAGAUUCGCCUUGGGGAAACUGCCGGCACCGCUCAAAGUCUAGUAUCACGAGACUCUCUCCUCGUCACCGUACCAAUCGCAAUUAUUGCAGGGGUGGUUGCUGUCGCAAGAGCUCUUCCGCUGCUUGCCGUGAGCUUGUGGCGGAGUGUGAGUGGACGCAUAGGACCUGGCAGAUCCAGAGGCUAUUCCAGGCCAUAUGCAUCCCGUGGUUCGUUCGCAGCUCGUCGAGGCGACUACACCAGUGUCGUCGAUGACGAAGAUGAGCUUCUUGGCGUUGAAGACGCCGAUGAGGAUGAUGAGUCAGUGCAUUGA